CUCAAACAUGCCUAUUGUCAUUACAAUCGAUUAUCAUUUACACUAGGCUGUCUAUUUGUCUUUACCUCACUCUCAAUUUUCAUUAUUCUCUUUAUUCUGUAUAUAAGUGGGAGAUUAAUAAAAUGUAGGGAUAUUAAUAAUUUCUAAAAUAAAAAUGUACCCUACUUGUCAUGUAAAUGAACAAGUCAUUUUAAUAAUUUUAAACGCACAACGCGAACUAUUCGUUGACUGUGUUUGCAAGGUUUACCAAUUUAACCUACUAUAUUGCUCAAUAUAUCAUUACUUCACUCAAGGCAGCGCAUAGACUACAGGGCGGCGCCUGUCUAUAAAUUCUCAGACGCAAUAUUUUUCUCAGCUCAGCACGAUUCACUUCUUCUCAAUCGCCAACUCCACACUCGUGAACGUGCAACCUAACUUAGACCUGCAACCAUGCCAUCAGACCUGGAACGAGCAAUGGAGUCCAUGAUCACUGUGUUCCACAAGUAUGCUGCUAAGGAGGGCAGUGGCAACACUCUGAGCCGCCGUGAGCUAAGGGACCUGAUGGAGAACGAGCUCUCUGGCUUCCUCAAGUCUCAGAAGGACCCAGCCACAGUAGACAAGAUCAUGAAGGAUCUGGACUCUAAUGGGGAUGGAGAGGUGGACUUUGAGGAGUUUGUUUCUCUAGUUGUGGGCCUGUCCAUCGCCUGUGAACAGUGCUACCAGAUGCACAAGAAGAAGAUGGGGAAGUGAGGGAUGAGAGGAGGAAGGGGCGUGGAGAAAAGAAGGGUUCUAAUUUUCACUUUUGUAAUGAUCACACUGUCCAUUAAACACAAAGACCAAGGA